AUGAGGGAGAUCGUGCAUCUGCAAGCUGGACAAUGUGGCAACCAGAUCGGUGCGAAGGUAGGUUGUUUUACUAACAAUCCCACGAGUUUCCCGUACUUAAUCCUCUGGAGACGAAUUUUUCAUACUCGUGUCAUUCACAAAUUUUUGGAGCCAACGGGUCUGAUUGAAAAAUGGAUCACUCAGGUGCGAAGUUAUGCGUACGUUGAAAGACUAGGUGACACAUAUUCAUAAUUGAAAGUUAGAGUAGAUUUUAAUACAGUUUUUGAGAGAUCAGUGUCGAUACACGUAUGGAGACUCCAAAGGAUUAAUUUCUUCGUAUCCAAUUCGUAUAAAAAAUAAAGUGCAACCAAUCAUACGAUGUAAUACAGCGUUGGCUUGUGUGAUUCGACUCAAAGGCUCUGUGAUAUUGAAAGCUAAAAGGUUUGUUGAAAAGUUCGACGUGAUGCUGAAGUUACUGAUAGAGUAG